GAAGCCGUCCUUUUUCAUUGCUUUUUCUUUUCUCUCUCUCCUCUCUCUCUCUCUGUGCUUCCUUUUUCUCUUUUCUUUUUCUUUGUUUGUUUCUUGAAGCUUUUGCUGCCUUGCAGAGGGGAGGCGAUGGGGGACAGGUUUAUUAGGAUAGGGGGGGAAGGAGGAGGAGGAGCAGGAGGGGUGAGGGAGGAAUCGGGGUGGCUGAUGAAUAAUACGGCGGCGGCGGCGGCCAUAGAAGGCCGGCCGCCGUUCACGGCGUCGCAGUUGGAGGAGCUGCGAGUCCAGGUGCUCAUCUUCAAGCACAUCCUCAUGGGGGUUCCCGUGCCGCCGGAGCUCCUGCUUCUGGUUCGUAGGAGCUUGGAGGCCAUGGCCGCUCGUUUAUAUCAACACCCCGCAUAUGGCCACUGCUCCUAUUUCGGGAAAAAGUUUGACCCGGAGCCUGGGCGGUGCCGUCGGACAGACGGCAAAAAGUGGCGGUGCUCCAAGGACGCCCACCCUGAAUCCCGAUACUGCGAGCGCCACAUGCACCGAGGCCGAAACCGUUCAAGAAAGCCUGUGGAAUCGCAACCCGUCGCCCCGUCGCAGUCGGCAUCGACCGUGAUCUCCCUUGCCCCUUCCGGGAGCGGCGGAAGUGACAGCAAAAGCAUCCCCAUGCACCCUGGUACCGGUGCUCAGGUUCCAUUCUCUGGCGGCAUGAGCUGCUUCCAGUUGCAGCCUGGCACGGGUUCCCAUGAAACAGGCAGCAAAGAAUUCAGGUAUCCCUAUGGAGAUAAAUCCGAGGCUGGCGAGCAUGGUUUCUUUCCGGAGGUUUCUGGAAGUGCAAGAGGCCUCGAAAUGGACUUUCCUCUGGACAGCUCAUGGGGAUUGAUGCCAUCACAGAUGCCAAAUGCCCUGGGCUUCGAGAGCAAUUACCUGCAGCUUCCUGCAUUCAACGAUCUCGGACAGGUUACAGUCAGCUCAUUGGCAAAGCAGGACCAAUCUCAGCAUUCUUUCUUCGGUAAUGAGUUUGGGUCCGAGGAGCCGGUGAAGCAAAGUCAGGAGCUCCGACCUUUCUUCGAUGAGUGGCCAAAGACAAGAGGUCCUUGGUCUGACCUUGAAGACGAGAGAUCAAACCGGUCAUCGUUCUCCACGACACAGCUGUCCAUCUCCAUACCUGUGACAUCCUCUGACUUCUCCACCAGCAGUUCCAGAUCCCCGAUCGAUGAUUGAAACAUGUGGUUCGCCGGUGAAGCUGAACCAGUGGAAGUUUCCUUGAUGGCCCUAGUAGUUUUCAGUUCUAUUAAUCAUCAUUUAUGCUCAAUCCUUUUUGUCCUAGUUGACUAUUGAGCAUUUGUCAACUCCAUUUUGAGUAAGUUUAUUAGUGUGUGACACUUGAAACUGAUGUGGUUUUUGGAUUUGAAUAUGUACUUAGAAAAAAGGCUGCUUGGAAAGCUCA